AUGUCUCGACGUGCGACCCCUGGCCAGGCUGCCCAGAACCAGCAGACAAUUAAGAGUCUACUGAAACUUGAGUCUAACAAGAUUUGUGCUGAUUGCAAGCGCAACAAACGUUCGUCCUCCCCCUCUCUCCAGGCAAAUGCGCGCCAGGUUCGAAUUCGCAGGGAAAGUAUCUUUGUUUGUAUUCGUUGCUCGGGGAUUCACCGUGGCAUGGGUACGCACAUCAGUCGAGUCAAGUCAGUCGAUUUGGAUGCCUGGACAGAUGAACAACUUCAAAGUGUUUUGAAGUGGGGCAAUGGCCGCGCCAACAAGUACUGGGAAGCGAAGCUCCAACCAGGUCACGUUCCCUCCGAAUCGAAAAUUGAAAACUUCAUCCGGACCAAGUAUGAGGCUAAGCGCUGGGUUAUGGAUGGCCCUAUGCCGGAUCCUUCGACUUUGAGUGAUGGUGAUGACGAUGUGCCCCUCGCUGUUGUUCAGGAAAAGGCCAAGAUUGAACGUUCUGCAUCCCAAAGGCUAGCACAACCCAGCCAGCCAGCUGUGCGCCAACAACAACCUCAGAUUGAUCUCUUCGGCGACGACCCAAUUGCUCCCCCGGUUCGCCCCAGCACAACUGAUGUAACCUCGCGCGCUCCUCCAAAACAAGCACAGCCUGUACAACAACCAAAGCCUCAAAAGCCAGGGGACUCUUUACUUGGACUCGAUUUCUUUGGUAGCACCCAGCCGGCUGCGACAAGCCGUCCGUCCAGUACUGCGUCGACCCCUGCUGCGCCCAGCGGGAUCUCGCGACCUGAUUUGAAGCAAUCUAUCUUGUCUCUCAUCUUCGAACAUGGGAGGCUUGACAGACGCAUUCAGUGGCUUAAGCUUCCCGUCAACCACUUCUCCCCACCGGCAAAGCCAGCUGAGAAACCCUCUCCCUUUGCCAACCUUGCCAACUUCUCAACCAUGAAAGCCAACCCUGCUGCACCGAAGGUUACGUCGCCCGCGGGCUCAGCUAGUGGUGAUCUCUGGGGUAGCAUGGCAUCCCCAACUUUGUCUGCGCCAAAGGCACAGUCCCGGACGACCUCCGUAUCCUCAAACUCGCAAGAUUUCGGGUUUGGUGGGUUCGCCUCACCUCCCCCCCAGCCCUCGAAACCCAACCCCCCGUCAGCAUCUCUCUCCAAUGAUCUGUUCGGCCUCUCUUCCCCUCCCGCUGCACCUCCAAAGCCCCCCGCAGUGUCCCCGCAGCAAGAAAUGAAGUCUGCUUUCAAUAUCUCCAGUCCACCCUUGCAAACCUAUACUCCCAAGCCCCCCGUGCCUGUUGCCACCGCUGCUGCCGCCAAUGUUAUCUCUGCGAGCAUGGAUCCGUGGGGGGGGCAAUGCGUGGAGCACCCCUGA